AUGGCGAGUGUUGUACAGAAAGAACUGCAAAAGAUCUUCAGAAGCUUCGGAGGUGAUGUUGCCGAUGAAGAGUUAGAACGAAUGAUCGCAGACUCAGACCGAAUCAUGAAAGGUCUUGCUGGGCUGUUGCUUUCGGAAGCGGGCCUCGACGAGUCGACGAGCAAGCCGUUCGCACUCCUCGACAAUGCUUGUGGAAUAGGCCCCGUUUCAGCGCAUUUGCAGGACCACGUUGAUCGAAAAUUGUUGUCAGAGAGUAAAGUGGUUUGUGCCGACUUCAAUGAAAACUUGGUAAAUAUAUUGAAGAGGCGCGCUGAAAAGUAUCAUUGGAUAAACGUCGAGACUGCCGUGGUUGAUGCUCAGCAAUCGGACUUCGCAACCGAUUCUUUCUCUCACGUAACUAUCAAUUUUGGUAUGCACAUAAUCCCAAAGCCGGAGGCUGUGCUAGAAGACACGAUGCGAAUCCUUAAACCAGGUGGCGUAUUGGCUUUUAGCACAUGGCACAAAGAUAGCGAGGGACCCUUCUCCGAUCUGAGGUCAAGCUUCGAGGCGCUGCCGUUUGACGCACCGAUGCCCAACCCCUUACCCAUGACGCCCAACGGGAAACCCCAGUGGGCGGACCCGGAAGGCGUGGAAGGAGAGCUGAGGGCUCACGGGUUCGUAAAUAUCAAGGUUCAAGCUGUACCUCACCUGGUCCGCGUGAACAGCGCCGAGGAUUUUCUCCAAAUGUAUAGAACGAAGAAGGAGUGGAUGGUAAACGCGUACUGGAACGAGGAUAGCAAGAAGAGAGCGCAAGGCAUGUUGGACGAACACAUCUUGAAUCAUCUCAAAGAGAAGUACAAUGGCGAGGGAUGGGACGUGAGUUGGACCGUGGUCCUAGCUACUUGCGUUUUACCGUCUUACCACUAUGGCGCACCGAUUGCUGUGGAAUGUAUGAAUAGGAGCGUAGAAACUGGCGAACACAUCCAGAACUCCAAGGACGAGAUCCAGUGGAUUCCUUUUCCAAUCUGCAAUGAGACUGGUAAACCUCUCGAGUUCGGUUACGGCGUCGAAGGCGAAAUGAACUGUACUAUCCCUAUGAUAGACGACCCAUUCUUUCAUCUACUGGAGUUUUAUAUCCACAGCGACGCCCCCCUUGCUUGCCGUCUUCCCGCUCGCCCUCCCGCCCACGUCGAGAUGGUAGGCGAGAAGCCGUAUGAACAGGAGUAUAUACCGCUUGUAUUUGCCUUAGCUGGCACUUUGCAGCUGAGCCAUCUGCAUAUCAGCACACAUCUCAAUAUCCUCCUACAUAGUACACCAAAACAUCAUAUCCAUCCGCACGAUAGCGGCGUGCUGGACAGCGGUGCUGCGUAUAGCACAAGCCCACUCAGCCAUAUGGAGGGUAGCUUUACGAAAAGGCUAGUUAUUGGCGACCCUCUACCUCUGAGUUUCAGCGUUAGAUGGUUUCCCACCCCGUCACUUCCUAAGAUCGAGGGCAAAGUCGAGUGGCAGGGCAUGGGUGGGCAUAUCUACGCUAGCACCGUCUUUUACGCGCUUGUAUCCUUCAUCGCCGGCGUUUUGGUUUCCGGCGUCUAUUUCUUUGGCGUCAUCCUCCCUAAACGAUUGAAAGGUCGCGGCCUUGGAGGUGCUACGCCUCUAGCUUACGGGCUAAACGGCGUGGGGAAUGGAUGGGGCUACUCAAAAAGGAUGGAUUGA